UUUGGGCCCAAUCUCUCUAACACUUUGCGUACAGACUCCACUGAAGUAGAGGGGAUCUGCAUGGGCAGGUAUACCGAUGUCACUGCUGUCACGGCUGUCAAGGAGAGCUCGUACCAGCCUGCCAGGCUGCAGGAGAUGGGGGCUGCAGUGAGCCAAGUGGAAGAAGCCAGCUCCUCUGCUGUGCCUGGCUCUACGUCCUGCUUCAUCGCCUGACAUUUUGUUCUGUCAGAAACAGAGCUGGACCCCAACUUCAAUCGUCCCUGCUACAGGGCAGUGCUGAUAAGGACACAGUGGUUAAGCGAGACUAAGAUGCAGCUGAUGGCCACAGAAGCAAGAACAGAUAAGAAUGACCUUUCUUCCCCUGUACCGUCUCUCUUAUGGGUCAGUAUCUGGGUCACCCAGAGACAGGGAUGCUCCUUAUUGCAAAGGGACUAG